CUCGAAAGUGAGUGAACCAACUUUUUUUUUUCUCUCCCUGUGGUUUUACUAAUCAAAGUCUUCCUCAAGAUUGAUAUAGAAGUACAUCAGCGACCUCACGAUGGCUUGAAGGACUGAAGCGCAGUGAUGCAUAAAUUGGAUUUUAAAAAGUGUCUUGAAGUCAUCUGUGAUAGGUUCCAGUUGCGUUAUUGCUCCAGCUGAGGCUGUGCUAGAUUCUUUAUAUAGUGACGAGCAACAUGAAUAUUUUGAAGGUGUUCAUCCUUCUGCUAACACUAAGCAUGAUGACAGAAGCCCUCACUUGGCCCUGGAGCCCUAGAUCACAGCAAUCAAGAAGAAGACCACAUAGGUUCUGGUCUCCCGAUAGUGGGAGACUGAGGAGACAACAGCAGCAAAAUUUGCUGAAAACGCCUGUACCCAAACGUCAGUCUUCAUCUGCGAUGAGUACCCUGGCCAGAGUUCGAGCUGCUACCCAGCUUGACAUUCCAGACGAACCAGAGUUCUUCAGGUACCUCUGUAGAACCACAGAUGUCUGUCCGUAUUCUUGGCAGUGGAUGGAAGGAAAUCUGCUCAGGGCCAUCGUGAGGCUGUCACUCCUGAAGUAACUUCUGAAAUGACUUUUCCGAAAGUCACUUUUCCUCAAGUGGCUGUACCUGGAAUAGCUUUUACCUGAAGUCACUUUUACCUGAAGUCACUUUUACCUAGAGUAACAUCUGAAGUAACUUGUGAAGUAACAUUUCUUGCAGUGACUUCUCCUGAAGUCACAUUUACCUGAAACUACUUUUACCUGGAGUAACUUUUUCUAAAGUCACUCCUGCAAUAUUUUAUUUUUUCAGGAUGAUCUGAAAUCGAGCGGUGAAUUGCCAGUAGUGUUUCUAAAAGGCUUUCUCUUAGAGUAGCCAUAUUAACCAUCCAUCUACUUUUUGUAGAUAUGUAUAAUCUGUAACUCUACAUUGAAGGGUAUAGUACUUCUCUGUAGCAGAACAGCAGACAUAGGUUUACAUACAGCAAUACAGAACGCAUAUACUAGUAAAAUUCUUGUAAGCAUAACAAACACGUUUUUUGAAAUACGUAGUAAACCUACACAGAAAUUGAUCGAAAUGUUUUCAUGUAACAAAGAAAAUAAUUUAAGUGCAGUUACUGAUAUUUUAAUCGGUGAGGAUGAUAUUAAUCUUCACUUACUUUCAGUUUUCCAUGAGUAGUUUUUCCUAUUAAUUGCCAGUUCUUAAUGAAUAGUUUUUUUAGAGCAUGAUUACUGAUCAUUAGACGUGUCACCUCUCUUUAAAUGAACCUUGACCUUACUACUGAAUUUGUAAAAAUGAAGUUAUCUAAAAUUCUUGAGCUGCGAGCACCUUGAUAUAAAGUUUGAGUCACUUUUGGUAUUAAACAAAAAACACUUUUUAGUUAAAUACGGAACUUUGGUUUUAUGGCAGGCAUAUUUCCUCUUUAUAUUUGUUAACGGAGCAACGAAGUCAUCUUUGAUGACUUUGAAGAUUCAGUCGGCCAUGAAGCUCUACCAGGAAAUGAUUUCCAUAAUAUGAAUCUUAUUGUAACUGCAGAUUUAGAACAGGUUUCAUAAAAUUCUAAGACUGCUUCAGAAAGAACAGAAAUCUGUCGUCUCCCACUUCAUUUGCUUUUUAUUUCCUGAAUUUUACAUCUCAUAUCAUUGAAGUUAGUCCUGGAAUAACUGAAAUUAGAACUGGGACUUCAUGUGAUUUGAAUUUUUUAUUUUAAAAUGGUGCGCAGUUAUGGGACAUUUUACCUAAGUAGCAUUCAAGUUACUGUUCCUCAAGUAAUAUAUCUUGAAUAAUAUUAUAAGCAAUCAGAGAUGCAGCAUUAUUUUUAUACUAAUAUAAAUAAUUCCCGUAUGAAUUUAACUAAAUUAAAGAAAAAAAUAUUCUAUGUAGUGCAUUCCAACUCUAAUAUAUCCCAUACCAUCAAAUGGUGUUUGAAACACGUCUCGUACAGACACACUCACAUUAGGUCACGUAGAAUAGUGUGCCUGGGUCCUUGCUCUCCUGUGACUCCUGAGUGGAUUGGGUAAUUUACAAGAUAGAAUAGAACCCAUCUACCUUGCGAAUGCCUGCUCAGUGCUUAUAACUAAGUGCCAAGCUGAGAAUAGAAGAUAUUAGAGUUAAAAAAGAAAGAUCCUGGAUAUUGAAAUGAAAUGACAGUAACAUAGUAUUCAUAAUAUUUGUAUAAACCCCAUUCUUUAAAUGGAUGAAAUCUAUUUUUGCCAUUUUUUACAAUACACUAAUUACAUUAUUCAUGUCUAUUCUUGUACCCUUGUUUAUACUUGCUGGUUUAUGACCCAGGUACUACUCCAUCGUGGGAGUAAUAAGGCAGGCUGAAUAACCUUAUCCUUUCAUUUCCUGGGAAAUACUUGAACUUUUUUAUAGCUUAUAUGGGAAUUGUAUGGGAACUAUAAAUAUUAGGUUCUUGAAGAUUUUAAGGUUACUUAUUGACAUCCAAUCAAAGU